GCAAGUUUUCUGGUGGCAUCAUGUGCUUGCAGUUCGAAAUAGAUUUUUAUUUGAUUUAAUUGUUAUUUUCAUUGUCGUGUCCUGUGGUGUUUUUUUUAUAAAUUUAAUUAGGUAUGGAAGUUGAUGUUCAACCUAAUGAUGCAAACGGUUUACAUCAAACACAAACUUGUAUAGGAGAGCAAAAUGGUGUCUGGUACUGUGGUGAGGGCGAUCAGAAGCAUUUUUUUUUUAGACAGUAUCGCAAAAGGGUUCGUGCUCACUACUCUAAUGUGUAUGUAUACUGCGUGCUCAAGCACACGAGAAACUGCCCGGCUAAAGGAAAAAUUAUAAUUAACCAUGCAGGGGUUAGAGGGCCUCUCGUGUUAACACAUAAUGUCCAUAACCAUCCAAAGGACCCUUUUAAGAAGCGGAUAAAUGAAAUAUAUCAGAUACUGGCGCGUAGAGCUGCAUUGGAGACUACCCCUUUAAAAAGAAUUUACGAUGAGGAAUUGUACAAUGAACCUGCUCCCAUAGGUGCAGCAAUGCCCUACCGGUCCGUACUUUGGGCCCUAUACAAACGUCGUCAAAAAGCUCAGCCCACAGUUCCAGACAACAUCCUCGAUUUAGUGACCAGAGUACGAAGGAAAAUGCCACAGUGGUUUCGUACACAAGAGGGGAACCCUUUUUUGGCAGCAUAUAGAGACAACGCUAUGCUGUUUGUGUCGCCUUUUACCCAAGUAUUGUUAGGGCAGAAUGACUUAUUGUUUACUAUGGACGGCACUUUUAAGGUAACACCGAACAAGCCAAAGAUCUACCAGGUGUAUACCUUAGGGGCAGUGUACCGAAAUGUGUUCAUUCCUAUUGCUUUUGGAAUUCUUCAAGACAAAAAUGCUGCCACGUACCGGUGGAUGUUUGAAGAACUUCAAAAAGUUAACCCUGACUGGAAUCCACAAAUGAUAAUGACAGAUUUUGAAACAGGAGCCAUUGCAGCGAUAAGACACGUGUUUCCUCAGGCUAGACACAUAGGUUGUUGGUUCCACUACAGUAAGGCCAUACAAAAGCAAUGUGGGAAGUUGAAUCUUAUUCAACCAAUGCGGAAUAACCCAAAUUUAAAAAGGGCCAUAAGGAAACUUAUGGCUCUUCCUUUACUACCAUCUCGGAAGUACAUCAGGGGCUACAGAAUCAUAGAACAGGAAUGUCAGGACUUUUUAGAUACUACCCCAGGACUUGCGGAGCUCUUGAAUUAUGUUCGAACAUUUUGGAUACAACGUAUAACUCCAAACAUGAUUUCCGUGUAUGAUGCUCCGUCCAGGACAAAUAAUUUGCAGGAGGCCUACCAUGGCAAUAUUACCCUACAUGUGGCUGAUAGUAGGAGAAUGGUACAUCCGCGAUUUUGGCGAUUUUUAGAAGCAUUACGAAUCAUGGAGCAUGACGCUCACAUCAAGUUAUUAGCGGCAACUGCAGGCAAAAACGUCAGUUAUCCAAGGAAAAGACGUUGGAUUCUGCAAAAUCGAAACAUAGAACAAGCUACGCAACAAUUUGAUGAUAAUAUGAAUUUUGCUCAGAAUGUAAUGCAACCAGAAAUACGAGCUGAGCUGAAAACUUUUUAUAUAAAGACUUUUCUGGAGAGAGCCAAAUACUUUUUCAACUUUCCAGAAGUGGAAGUACCACUUCAAAAUCAAAAUGAAGAUGAGGAUCCAGAUUUACCAUUACAGUACAUAAACCAAAUCGUAGAAGUGAUAGAAGUUCAUUUUGGUGAAGUAGAUGGACAUUUAUUACAGGAAAUAGAUGAUGAGGAAAAUGAGGACAAUCCGGUGGGCGAGAAUGGAGAUUUAGAUUUAGAUUUUUAUGAUGCUGAUGUUGUUAUCGUAUUAGAAUGAAAGAUGCUGAUUAAGGAAAGGAAGAUUUUUUAGAAAAUUGAGUAAAUCAAAAGGAAGAGGUUAAAGCCUUCGAUUUUAUUUUAAUUGUAUGAAUUAUAAUUAAUUGACUAAUUGUGUUAAUCAAUAACUAAUCGUAAUCCUGUUAAUCAAAUUAAAAAUUGAGAUUUUUUUCUAAGAAUUUCUAUUUUCUUGCUUUUUUUCCUCAUAAAGUUUCUCGAUUUUUAAUGGAGAAAAAAAACCACAAUAACUAAUUUUUUGCCAAAAUUUCUAAAAUAUGACUAAUAAAUGGAAAAAUUGUCUAAAUAUGACCAUGACGUACCUAUAUGAACUUA